AUGGGCGCAUACAACGAUACAACCUGCGCUCACGACAACCCAUGCGCCAUCCCGACGGCACCUACGCUCUCUCUGCCUCCCCUCGGACGUUUAGCCAUGCAUUCGACGGAGCAAAUCAGGCUGGCCCUCUACAAUUUACGCAACCUCUACUUUCACCACACCCUUCCCGACUCCUCAGCGGUCUCUGGCCUGAUGUUGCCCAAACGGACGAUCCAGCACCUCAUCCACGACACCUCCGUCCCUGAUUCAGGUUACGCCUCUGCAGAAGAUGAAGACGACGAAGAAUUCAACGCGACCUCCGAUUCCGACACGGAGAUAGAGCUGCUUCGUGCAGACCCCCUUGAACAUGCAUUCGCAAUCAAGUGGGUAACGGGUUUCGUCGCACGUUCUGAUGUUUGGGUUUCUUGCAAUAUCGACACUGAAUGCGAGGAGAGAGCGAGCCUCCUCGAAGAUGCAGUUAACCUCCUUUCUGCUUUCAUAGGCAGUGAAGAAGAGGACGACGUGGCCUUCACAAGAUCCUUUACAUUCCCCUGCUCGCUCGGAGACACCAAGGAGAUCUAUGUCGAGCUUAAUGACGCCCCACUCUCGAAGGAUGACCACACCUCUGUCGGGCUGCAGAGCUGGGGCAGCGCGAUCUUGUUCGCAGAACGGAUCUGUGCCAACCCCGGCACAUUUUCUCUACCUCCGCCCCUUCAAACAGCUGGCAAACCCUUACGAAUCCUUGAGCUCGGCGCCGGAACGGGCAUGCUGAGCAUCGUCGCUGCGAAGAUCCUCCAUUCCUCAACAUCGUCUGCAAAGAUCAUUGCAACGGACUACCACCCCGACGUCCUGACCAACCUCUCCAAGAACAUCGAGACGAACUUUCCUGCUCACACCUUCAUCAAUGUCAAACCCUUCGACUGGGAACACCCAACUUUCAGGUCGCCCUUCGACCAGCCGUUCGACAUCAUCCUCGCCGCGGACGUGAUCUACCAUCCAUACCACGCGCAGUGGAUCAAGGCAUGCGUCGAGAGGUUGCUUCGGCACCCCAAAGCGCCUUCGGUUAAUGAUGAGGAAGAGGAUGAGGGCGGGGUGUUCUGGUUGAUGAUACCCGUCCGGACGACGGGUCGGCACGAGGGUAUGGCUGGCACCGUUGACGCUCUGUUUCCUGAUGUGUCGGCGGUGGGAUGUGUAGAGGAAGGGGAUGAGGAUAAGAAGGGGCUGAGGUUGGCGGUGCUUCAUCGUCAGGAUGUGGGUCGACAGGGCAGUAUUGGGAGAGCAGACGAGGAUGCAUAUAAGCUAUUUAAGAUAGGUUGGGUCAAUUAA